UACAUCUAUAGGGAGUGAAGGUUUUGAAAGUUGAAGAGGAGAGGAUUGAACAUGUAUCUCGAGGAGGGCGAAAACUAAAACUGAAAGACUGGUGGACAGGUGUUGUAACAGACUCGUUGUCACCAAGAAACAGAACAAGCAGUAUGUCAAAAUCACCAAGAAGUUCCUCAGGGAAGUCACCAAUACGAUCACCGCCUCACAGUUCAGCUCCAAGACCACUUUUGUUUGUGAAGGAGGAGAGAAGGACGAGCACUUGUCAAGAAGAGUGCCAGGAGAAUGAUAAUUCAGACAUUAAUGUCAGUCAGAUAGGUAGUAUCUUAACAUCAGAUACAGAGUCACAGGAUAUAACAGCCUCAUCUAUGUCUGUGGUAAGCAAAAGAGAAACAACUCUGAAUUAUGAGGUGAAUAUAAACACAAAGAAAAAGGGCCGAUCAAGUAAAACUGAAAGUCGGUCAUCACCAGUUGAAGAAAUUGAAAUUAAAUGUGGGAAGUGUGAUGUCAUUUGCAACUCCAAGGCCCAUUUCAACCUUCACAUUCAGCUUGAGCAUAAUGGCCUUGCAAGACCUGAUGGGGAGGAUCAGACUUUCACUGAAAUUGAAGUAAAGGAAAUAUUAAAGAAAACUAUGAAAAAUAUGAAAAAACUGAAGUGUGAAGUCUGCAGCAAUUUCUUUAGAUCAUUACUUGGUUAUAGAAGACAUUCUGAAGCUUGUGGGAAAUCUGAUGAAGAGGUGAAUAUCAAAUGUACAGUCUGUAAUAAAGAACUGCGUUACUACUGUAUGCCUGCACAUAUGAGAACUGUUCAUGCAGCUAAAAAGGUGGAUCCAAAGAAAGUUGAAAAGAAAACUGAGGAGAUUCUAAGCUCUGCUUCCCGGCCUAGACGAAGGGCAGCAGCAAAUUGCAAUGAAAGGCUUAAAGUUUGGAGAUCAAAUAGAACUGGGGAAAGUGGCAGUGAUAAUUCUGAUGCUGAAGAAGACUUUAAUAUUGAGCUGGAGGCAGACAAGUUUUAUUCAAAGCCUGAGUUUGCAGAUGUUCCUGAAGAAGUUGUAUUGAAGUGGGAAUCUCAGCUUAGUACUGGUGUAGAUGGGUGUUGUGGCAAUGAAGGAUGCACUUUCAUUUUUUCAAGUAUUCCACAAGCAAAGUCACACUUCCAUGUAUGUCCAUAUUCAGCAGCCAGACAGAUGUUUACGUGCAAGAACUGUGAGUACACUUCCCAAACUGAAAGGGAGAUGGUGGGUCAUGUUACAACCAUUCAUUUAGAUCUUACAGGAGGUGCAGAAGAGGAGAGUGAUUAUGAUCUUUCUGAUGACGAAUGUGAGGAGUCAUAUAGACAGACCAGAAGUUAUGGUAGAAUGAGUCAAGGCCAGCUUAAGCCUUUUGAACCAGCAAUGAGAUGGACUUUUGAGUUUUUGAAGGAUUCCAUUUCAGAGGAUAACCUGUUCUUGGAAUACUUCACAACAAAGGACAAAUGGAUCAUGUUAGAUGAGGAGCAGUAUCAGAAAUUUUUACCAUCUGUGAAACAAAGUCCAAGGUUCAAGGUAAAACAGGCAGGUAAAACAAACAAUAUAACAGGAGACUGGACUAAUAUACAGCAGUUUACUGGCCAGUCUGUAGGUGGAACAGAUGUGAUCUUUUGUGGUGGGCCAGUCAUAUCUUCUGGCUGGUGUCCAUUGCCUCAGAAUGUUUCUCUUGGCAUGAGUCCACAGUAUCUGGCAUUGUCAACUCUGAAAUCUCCAGAGAAGGAAUAUCCAAUACUGAAAUCUACAUUACAUGAAGGUCUUAUUCAGAUUUGGGAAUGCACAUCUGAAGGGAAAGAAAGAGGUAAACAUUUGAAGUUCGUGUUUGGCAUUGCACAUGAAUUUGGCAAUGUUUGGUCACUAGCUUGGUGCCCGUCUGGAGCAUAUGAACAUCUGCAAGGGGAACUAGCCUCUAGUCAACUGAAGAGGCUAGGGCUCUUGGCUGCAGCAUUUUCAGAUGGCUUCAUUCGCAUUUAUGUGAUUCCACACCCUGGUGACUUAGGUUUGCAUGAGGAAUCGAAGAUAUUUCAGUUGCAGCCUAAGGUUACCCUAAGUCCAGGAAAAAUGUACAAAGAUGAGGCUCAGUGCCUGCAUUUAGAUUGGUAUCAAGGAAAAGGUCAUGCAGACAUUGCAGGGGCAUUGUCUGAUGGUGUUGUCUGUGUUUGGGAUAUCAGGUGCAAAUCUCCCCUAUUGUAUGUUAAAGACAUGCAUGGUAAUUUUACAAUAUACCCCAGAAAUUCUUUUCAGGCUCACAAUGGAGUUUGUUCUGUAGUAGCUUUUUGCAAUACAACUGGAGGCAGGAAUCUUGUGACUGGUGGUAAUGAUCGAACAUAUAAAUUUUGGGAUCUGGAAAACACAGAUAUGCCUCUUUGUAUUAAUCGCCGAGGGUUAGUGUUAGAUGCAGUUUGGUUAGCACAUUGGGCAGGCUGUUUUGUAUCAUUUGAUGAUGUCUAUGGUUUGUCAAACACUAGCACAAGUUUCCGUGAGUGUGGCUUUUUCGGGAUUCAGUCUCGUAAUGUUUUAUCUUCCAAUGCACCAGUCUGGUCCCUUUCUGGUUCUGAGUGGUUGAAUGCAGUUGUGCAAGGGGACUCUGCUGGUGAAGUGGUUAUAACUAUACAACAACAGCUAUUCAGGAAUUAUGAGAAUGAUAAAUUUCCAUCAAAAAGAAAAGUUCCCUUGCUUUCAGUUAGAUUAGAAGACCUAGACCAAGGCUCACAGGUCUCUUUUAAACCUCAAGAACCUAAGCCAAAGGCUGCUGAAAAGCCAAACCCAAAAAUGAACAAGAAAUUAAAGAAGUCUCGCCCUACCAAGGACACAGAUGAUGAAUUUGAUGAUGAUGAUGGUGAUGAACUCUGCCCAGCUACAUAUAUUGAAUGGCCCCAUACUUAUAUGGAAACUUGUGAGAAAUAUGGCAUAGUUUUUACUGAUCAAAAUACUCAGGAUUUCUCAAAAAUUCCUGCUUCAGAGAUGGCUGAGAGGAAGCGAUCUAAUAGUAUGGAACCAGGACCUGUUGCUUGCUAUCCUCUAAUGGCAGCCACUUCAGUUGCAUGGAAUAAUAAUUUGGGAGCCCACACUUGGAUUUUUGUUGGCACACAGUCUGGACUUUGUAAAGUUAUUCAAGUGUCAGCCCUUAAUACAUCAGAGGGAGAAAAGGUCAUUAAAAAAUAUAGUAAAUCAUAGAAAAAUAGUGAUUAAUCUGAUUAAUGUCUAGUACAUACUUUGCAGGCAAAGUCAUUAAUUUAUGUACUUUAUUAUAUAUAUCAUGUAGUAUGUGAGAAAACAUGGUCUGUAAUGCAUGGGUAUUGAAGAAAGUAUUUAUUUGAAGUUAUUUUCAAAACUAUAGCUGUAGUAUUUGUUAUAUCUAUAAUAUAAAGAGUCAAUAUUUAUAUUCUAAGACCAAUAGAGGUAGUGUUAAGUAUGUGAACAUAAUUAUUUUGUUCAUAGUGAAGGAUACCAUUAUGAAACUACAUAUCUGUGCAAAGUUGUUUGCAUUCUCUCAAAUGCUGCAUUUUUUUCUGCUGGAAUGUGUGUAAAAAUUAGGCUUAAAGGAAUUUCUGUUUUCUCUGACUAUGGGUAAUUCACUCCUAUAGUGCAUGUAAACAUUCUUGACAGAUGUGUGUUAGUCUCUAGAAAUAUUGUGGUAUGAUUCAACCUUACUUUUUCACAUAAUACUCACAUCUCUCUGAGUGCUAAUCCUCUUGUGUAGACUUUUUUUUUAACAUGACCAGACUAUGCUCAAUUUUAUGAAGGAGUAAUUGAAUGAUCAAAAACUCUUUUUUCUUCUUUUGCUCUGUUUCUGUCUUUAAAUGUCACUGUUUUUUCUGUAGCCUGAUAAGUACAAUUGUUAUAACAAGAGGUGGCAAUUUGAAAACCAAGCUAUAGACAAAGGCAGGUUGAUUUAAGAUAUAAAUUGUUAGUUUUCCAUUUUUAGUUUUGAAGUUGAUUAGACAUUCCCAAAGACAGUGAUCUGCAUAGCCCAAAACUGCAGUUUUUAGGGAGUUCUGUAGUCUUGUAGUAUCAGCUAUAAGUACACACUAUGCUGGGAUAAAAAUUGUAGUAAAAUAAAAGAAAAAAAAAGAAAAAGAAAAAAGAAAAAAAAGUUUUCUUUUAGAAAGAAUUAUUCAUUAAAUGUUUUUUGGCUGCAGAGGCUGAAAUGAUGAAAAAUGGUGUAAGGAGGAUUGAAAUGUUUUAUUAAUAUGAGAAGCUAUUAUAUUAAAGAAUGCAUUCUUUUACCAAUGCAAAUAGACUCACUGCCUUAAAACAGUUGUGCCUAGUGUAGAUAUAUAAGUAGGAGAAUUAACUCUAUACCGAGUAAAGUAGUAUGAAAACAUCUCCAUUGAUACAGUUUAUAAUAUUAUGGCAAUACUAUAAAGAAUUAGGCAUGCUGUAAUAUUUUUAGUAUACUGCUUAGUGUUUUCUUUGCAAAGUUGUAUUUUUGUAACUUAUUAAAUGUUUAUUUCCGGUCUUCUAAAACAUUUUUUGGUAUGGCAUUGAACAGUGUAUGAAAACCUGUUUCUUUUAACUAUUCUGUUGUUUUUGUCAGUAUGUAUUACUUUUAUGUUUCUGUAAAUAAGGAUUACACUGGUUACUGCUUUCCAAGUAUUGUCACUUUGUACACUAACACAGGAUCAUUAAGGCACUUAUGUUUUGUUAAUGUUAGAGAGAAAACUUUGCCGUGUGAUAUCCAGCUAGUCAGGUUUAGCAUUGCCAACACAAGUAAUUUUGUUUUCUUUUGAUCUGUUUAUCAUUAUUUUUUUAGUUAAAUACAGUUUUAAGCUAUUUUAGCAUAAUAAGGUAUGUGAUAGGUUAAAGCACAGUCUUUACAAUAACAUGAAAAUGAGAAAGCUGUUAGUAAUAUUUUAGAUCUGUUUGUAUGCUGUCAUAUUCGUAGCAUGAUUUCUAUCAAUGUAGAAAUGGAGCUUAGAGUUUUACCUAGGAUUUCCAAAGGAUCCUAAAAGAAUUACUUGUAUUUCCCAUUUGCCUACUGCUACAUUAAAUUUAAUAACAUUGUAAGAAAACCUUGGUGACUUUGAUAUAUUACAGCUUAAAAAAAUAGAAAUUGAUUUUAGAUUUGGUAAUUGGUUAAUAGAUUACCUUAUUAGCUGCAGAUUUUUCAAAGUUUGACCACUGUAGAAGUCUGGUAUUGUGGGAAGUAACUUUUUGUAGACAUGUUUAUGUAGAAAUAUACUUUUUAUUUAACAGGAAAAAAAAUAAUUUAUGCCAGUAUCUUGCUUUGUAAAGCCCAAGUAGAUGAUAUUCUUAAAUGUUGAUCUUGACUUUUUUUUUGAGUGGGGUUAAUCAUAGUAUUUAUAAAUAUAUGUCAGUGAUCAACACAAGUUAAAUUUCUAUCCUUGUGCCUUAAGGAUUUGAAUGUUUUUUGUGUAAUUUUAAUCUAUGUUGAAUAUAUUGAUUAAAGUAGAUACUGACCAUGCAUUUUGGCCUCCUGUUUAAGACCACUAAUUUCACAUGGGAAUAGUUUUCAAUAUAUAUUGCAGUUAGGAUCAUACAAAUGUACUGAUGCUUAGGUACUAUUUAAAUAUAUAUACAUACAGUAAUUUGUGAUAACAGAAAACAUAUAUCUUAUAAAGCAUGUUUUAUAAAGUUUUAUAUGUUGUAGUCUUCCUGUCCUUUCAGGUUUUCCCAACACAGUGUUUUCAUAGUGCAAUAUUGUCUUGUGGAGCCAUAGAUUUUGUACUAUAUUCAUGAAUGAGUGUGUAAUGAAUGGCUAUUUAUUUUUGUUUUGUUGAAAAAAAAAAAAAAAAAAAAAAAAAAAGUUUCAUUUUAGGUAUCCCACCAAUAUAGCUUCUGAGUCUAAUAAAUUAUAAUUAUUAUUGUUAUAAUAUUUAUAUCUUGCCUGAUACUUUAGGGGCUUAUGAAUGCUUGACAGGAAACUCAAGUUUUGCAGUUUCCACUUGUCAUUACUAAAGCAAUGUAAAUAUUUUCCAGUGAUUUAGUUUCGAUACAUGUCCUGGCAUUAUUCUUUGGAACUUAAAUUUUUUGUAAUGCUAUUGCUUUCCUAAAGUUUAUUUUUUUAUGCAUAAGAAUAAUGUGAAAUAUGUGACUUUUCUAAGCUAAUCCUGUAAAAAAAAUAAAAAAGAAUAUUAUUGUUCUGAAGGCAAUACACUUUGGGAUUAUCAUGAUUUAUUUAUAGAACUGAUUUAACAUGGUCUCUGUUGUUCUGAUUAUGGUACAAGUCUUGUUGUAUGCCAGCAAUAAAUAUAAAAAAUGCA